AUUUGGAUUUGGAUUUGGAUUGUUCCUCUCCCUCUCUUUAUCGUCUUCUUCCCUGGAUUCAACUUAUCAGAAUGACAGUGAACACAACCAAACAAACUCAAGAUCGCGUCUCUCACCCCGAUCUUGAACAGAAGGCCACUGAGUUAUUAACACCGCCGGAGCACACAGCCGGUGAAUUUACCGAGAAGAUCGUCGGGAAGGUUUCGGAAGAAAUGGAAACGGAAAGCGGAAGAUCGUCAGAUGAGGAGUCUCCAAAAUCGGUGGGGAAAUGGAGGAAGGAAUGCGUACACAGCCAGGUUUUGAGGAUCAUAGAGGAAGACUCGCAUCUUGGUGAAGAUAAGGUUGCCAAUUGUGGAGUCGCUGUUUAUUGCAAUCAUCAUGAUAAGCAUUGUUACCAUCAGAGGUAUCAUCGUGUAGAUUUGGUGCUCUUAGCUAGGCCUAUGUUGCCUUGCUCGCCUCUCAGCGGCAAGACCGACAGCACUACCGUCAAGGCAUUGCAGUGAAACUUAAAUCAAUCAGGGUUAGCUUCCUUCUUUUGUCAAUUUUCUCAGUUUUUUUUUUUUUUUUUUUGCGUUAAAGAUCGCUGAUCAAUCCAGCGAUGAUUGUGAAU